AUGCCAUUAGUUGUCCAAGAACAAGGUUCAUUCCAACACAUUUUACGUUUGUUGAACACCAACAUUGAUGGUAGAAUCAAGAUCAUGUACGCCUUGACCAAGAUUAGAGGUGUCGGUAGAAGAUACUCUAACUUGGUCUGUAAAAAGGCUGAUGUUGACUUGAACAAGAGAGCCGGUGAAUUGACCCAAGAAGAAUUGGAGAGAAUUGUCACCAUUAUGCAAAACCCAACCAACUAUAAGAUCCCAGCUUGGUUCUUGAACAGACAAAAGGACCAAGUCGACGGUAAAGACUACCACGUCCUUGCUAACAACUUGGAAUCUAAAUUGAGAGAUGACUUGGAGAGAUUGAAGAAGAUCAGAUCCCACAGAGGUAUCAGACACUUCUGGGGAUUGAAGGUUAGAGGUCAACACACCAAAACCACUUCUCGUGGUCGUUAA